GGCCUCGCAUUCCCUCCGAUCACUCCACCGCCUCGCAGCCCUCAUCAACCCCGAGACGCCCCCCCCCCCCCUCACCCACUCUUCGUCCACAACGCCAUCCGCAACCGCCCGUAAGAAAUGUCGCAGUUCUACAGCUUCGGUGGACAGCAUCACCCGUCGCAUUUGAAUACCCAUUCACAUAACCACCAUGGGGGCCGAUCACGGAGAGCCCCCCGACUCUCGGCAUCUCAACACCACAAGCAGUUCCGCCAGGUACGAACGCCGAAGGAGUUUGUUGUAGAGCCUGCAAACGUCACCGCCUUCAAGCGGGACUUCGAGGCCGCAAGGUCCUUCGACUUGGAGGACGAUGAGAUAUUCUGCCCCUUCCACCUGCUCACUGAUGAUGAUCUUCAAUCCAUUCACUCCUCCGGCUCUGAUCGGUCGUCUUUGUCGAGCGGUUCGCCGGAACAGUCUCCACUCCAGCAUCAACUUCAACCGACGCCUUCUUUCGUCUUGUCUUCUGCUCCUAAUCCAUAUACGCCGGCCGGUUUCCAACAGAACAACUCUUCCCAGACUAAACUACACCAGCCACUAGCCCAACGAACCCGCAAUGCUAUUCCAAUCGUCGACCCGUCAACACGCGCUGUUGCUAGCCCACCGCCAUCUGUCUCUCCCAACCGACAGAUCCAGCAGCAGUUCAUGUCGCGACGCUGGUAACAGCCCGGCUGGCCCGAGGCCAAGCGUUUUUGUUCGACUUGCAUUGUGGCGUCCCUCGUUGCUGGACUAGUGGCUACCCCUACCUUCAGGAUCUAAUGUUCCUUCCCGAUAUCCUCCGGAGGAUCCGUACGUCUAUACCUUCGACUCUCCUUGUACAAAUCUACGAUAUCUCCUUCGACAUCUUGGGUAUACCACUCGGAACGGGCGACGGCGUUGCAAUUGUAGCGAAAACAUCAUUUCGGAUAGAACGCUCUUGGUCUCAUGUCUUCCAGCGUUACGCAUUCACGGCGGUUUGCAA